AUGGGGAAACUCCCCGCAGCCAUCGUUAUAGCCAGGCAUGGCGCUCGACUAGAUGCUGCCGACAAAAAUUGGCAUCUCACCUCUCCGACUCCCUAUGAUCCUCCCCUUUCCUAUGGCGGAUGGCUCCAGUCCCGCGCGCUCGGAGCUCGAAUCAUCAACCUACUGCAAUCCUUCGACGACCAUCCCCCCGUUUCGUCCAUCGUACUAUCAGACGAGCCGAAAUUUCCCUCAUCGCUCCCGAAUCCCAAAAAGAAGCGCAGAUUCAUAAUCCAUACUUCUCCAUAUCUUCGUUGCGUGCAGACGGCCAUCGCUGUCAGCUCGGGGAUCAGCCAGCACUAUACGGACAGCGAGAUUGUUCACCCCGCCGUCGCUUCCAACUCCACUCAGGCCAAUGGAUAUUCUAUGGGAUCAGCUGCAGACUCACGAAGAGGGUCUAUCUCGAGUCCGAUCACACCUUCCCCUUCGAUGUCUGGUCCCCACAAUCAUCGGUGUCUUCUGCGCGUGGACGCAUUUCUUGGAGAGUGGUUGAGUCCAGACUACUUUGACCAGAUCACCCCUCCCCCCAAGUCGGAAAGGCUUGUGGCUGCGGCCAAAGCCGAAUUACUUCGGCGCGGGGACGACGUCGUUCCUGAAGCAGACACGGCCAACAAGCCGAGUACAGGCAACUUCCCUGGUGGCUGGGGUGGUUUCACGAACCCCGACACAGCUCGCGUGGAUGGAACGGUAAACAGUGUUGGCCCUUCCUCGGGUGUCACCUAUACUCCGGGCCAACGCACCCGUGCAGGGAGCUACGACAGUCUCAAGUCCGCCGAAACCCCUCGCGCUAGAAGAAUCCUCGGCAAAAUCAACACUGAUCUUCCACCGAUUCCAGACGGCGCGUACAUGCCUCCCACGCCGAGCUACGCCAUCUCGCCCUCCGACCCGAUCCCUGUAGGAUAUGUUACGCACGCCCGCAACGCCUGUGUCAAGAUUGACUACCAGUGGGACAGCAUGCGUGAGCCCCAGAACUGGGGCAAUGGAGGGGAGUACGGCGAAGAGUGGAGUGCCAUGCAUUCGCGCUUCCGUGCUGGCUUUGAGCGAAUGCUUGCCUGGUACCGCGAUAACGAUCAAGGUGCUGGGACGGGCCGACCGCGGCGACAUUCGCAACAGCCUGGAAUUCACGGGGAUCUACACCAGCCAGCUGAUGAGGAUGACGCGACCGACAUCAUUCUCAUCGUGAUUACUCACGGGGCAGGAUGCAAUGCCCUAGUUGGGGCGCUGACUGGAGAGCCUGUGCUGUUGGAUUUCAAAACAGCCUCCCUGACUCUGUCUGUCCGCAAGGACAAUGCGGACGAACAAGCCGAGGCAGACACUGCUCGGGAGCGAUUCUUGUCCCCUGGGCCAGCAGAAGACGCUCCACUCACGAAAGAUUACAGCUUACGACUUGUGGCCUCGACUGAUCAUCUACGUCCUACCGUGAAUCCAAUCCAAUCCACCUCCAGCUUGCCGUCACCUAACAGCGCGGUCACUCCCUCGAUCUCCUCUUAUCGUCAUCGGCCUGCGUCGCGUCCCUCGCUUUCACAGGGACAAUUCAUGAUCGGUCCAUCCCCGAAUUCGGGUGUCGGGUCACGUUCUUGGUCCCUCUUGCGCCCCUCUACAGCGCCAAAGGGCUCCACUGGUCUAUGGGGCUCCGCCUCUGUUAUACACGAAUCGGCCGACGAUAUACUACCCAACUUUGGCGACCGGAGAUCGACUUCUUCUGACGCCGUCGGUCCAGGUCAGGCAAACGGUUCUGCAUCGAAGCCUGAGGAUUCAACCGCAUGGUCCAACCUGCCUCAGAGAACCUUUUCCCAGCGUGGUCUCUGGGGUAGCACACCGGCAUCUAAGGACCGGGAAGCUGCUACCAGAAGACGUUGGACGGUUACUGAAAGGAGGAUAUAA